CGGGCUCAACCAAGGCGCGGAGGUGCAAUUCAGGCUGGUGGAGCAGCGGGGGAAGGCAAGGACAGGCGGGGCUAGCGCGGCUCUGCAGCUGAUCACACGCACCAGCACACACACUUCAUCCCUGCUCGCUCUGCUUGAGCCUCGCAUCCUCCAUCCACGGGGCAACUAAAGCGCGAAUAUGGAAUAGGAGAAGCAGGAAAUGAAGACUCAAAUGCUUCUAUUGCGAGUCACAGGAAAAGCUGGAGCAACGCCAGUGUUUAACCUGAAAGUCUGACCUCGGUUAAGCAGUCGCUCUGUCUCCUGGAAAGAGGGCAUCGCGCGCGUCAAGGAACCUCAGAGUCAGGCAUCCAAGUCAGUCUCUGCUUGGAGCACCAGGGUCUCCUGCCUGAGACUGUGUAGUGCCCCCAGGGCGUGCGGAGAUUGAGGGACCUGCAUUGGCUCUCACCGUGGAAUACCAGGAAAAGUAGGCAGGGGUCAGGCAGCCCUGAGCACAGGGUGCUUUGGCGGACUGCCUCGGUUUCUUGCGGCGGCUCUGUCUGUCCUCUGCUGCUGGGUGAGUGUCCCGGCUUCCAGCGCUCCCCGGAGCACCGGGGUGGCUUGGCGGCCCCCGAGGUUUCACACGAAGGCCCUGGUGGCACGCGCGCGUGGAAACUCGUCCGCCCGCGCACGGCAGGAGUACAGGUCUCUGGAGUCCCGGGCGGGGGAUUCUGAGCCAGCAGAGCGUGGGUAGGGGGCGUUGCACCACUGCCCAGCCGACAUGCCUCUGGGCGGGAUUUUGGCUAAAAGAUAGGAGGUGGGAGUGACAAGGAAGCCAGGAGCCCUCCCGGGAGGUGACUGAUCCGGGUGCAGCUGGGAGGGGGGGAGGGUCUGGUCCAAGCAGGUAGUGCAGCUUAGCAGCUUGGGGAGUUGGCAGGUGGGGUGGGACUUGCUUGUCAAACUCGGUUCAUUUUCAGCAGCCAGUUCAGAGGUGUUGCAGAUAGUCGGGGUUGGGGUGCCGUGGAAAGGUAAGAGGUGACUCGGGAUGCCGGUGGUGGGGGGAGCAAAGAGGAGCCUCAAAGAGCUUGGAGGCAAAAUUUCUCUUGGGUUCUUACACUUUGCAUCCCUCCUGCCUUGAGUGUGGGAAAACACUUCUGUUUUAACACUGCUCUUGGAAAGAAAGCUUCUGUCCCAGGGGAGCAGGAGCGUCUGCAGGGGCAGAGUCUGCUGCUACCUGCAGGGUGCUCCCCAACCCCCCACCCAGGCGCCUGCUUUCGUCCCCUCCCCUCCUGCUUUCGUCCCCUGCCCCCACCUCCUUAUUGGUGCUGGUUUGCAGCGCUUGGCUCCUGUGCCUCCGCUUCGUGUUUGAAUCUGGCUCGCCCCUCCGUAUUAUGUCUGCACUCCGAAGGAAAUUUGGGGACGAUUAUCAGGUAGUGACCACUUCGUCGAGCGGCUCGGGCUUGCAACCCCAGGGGCCAGGGCAGGGCCCGCAGCAGCAGCUUGUACCCAAGAAGAAGCGGCAGCGGUUCGUAGACAAGAACGGCCGGUGCAAUGUGCAGCACGGCAACCUGGGCAGCGAGACCAGUCGCUACCUCUCGGACCUCUUCACCACUCUGGUGGACCUCAAGUGGCGUUGGAACCUCUUCAUCUUCAUCCUCACCUACACCGUGGCCUGGCUCUUCAUGGCGUCCAUGUGGUGGGUGAUCGCUUACACCCGGGGCGACCUGAACAAAGCCCACGUCGGCAACUACACUCCCUGUGUGGCCAAUGUCUACAACUUCCCCUCUGCCUUCCUCUUCUUCAUCGAGACCGAGGCCACCAUUGGUUAUGGCUACCGCUACAUCACCGACAAGUGCCCCGAGGGCAUCAUCCUCUUCCUCUUCCAGUCCAUCCUGGGAUCCAUCGUGGACGCUUUCCUCAUUGGCUGCAUGUUCAUUAAGAUGUCCCAGCCCAAGAAGCGCGCUGAGACCCUCAUGUUUAGCGAGCAUGCGGUGAUCUCCAUGAGGGACGGAAAACUCACUCUCAUGUUCCGGGUGGGCAACCUGCGCAAUAGCCACAUGGUAUCCGCGCAGAUCCGCUGCAAGCUGCUAAAGUCUCGGCAGACUCCUGAGGGUGAGUUCCUUCCCCUUGACCAACUUGAACUGGAUGUAGGUUUUAGCACAGGAGCAGAUCAACUUUUUCUUGUGUCCCCUCUCACAAUUUGCCACGUGAUCGAUGCCAAAAGCCCUUUUUAUGACUUAUCCCAGCGAAGCAUGCAAACCGAACAAUUCGAGGUGGUCGUCAUCCUAGAAGGCAUCGUGGAAACCACUGGGAUGACUUGUCAAGCUCGGACAUCAUACACUGAGGAUGAAGUUCUUUGGGGUCAUCGGUUUUUUCCUGUAAUUUCUUUAGAAGAAGGGUUCUUUAAAGUUGAUUACUCCCAGUUUCAUGCAACAUUUGAAGUCCCCACCCCUCCGUACAGUGUGAAAGAGCAAGAGGAAAUGCUUCUUAUGUCCUCCCCUUUAAUAGCACCAGCCAUAACCAAUAGCAAAGAAAGACAUAAUUCUGUGGAGUGCUUAGACGGACUAGAUGACAUUAGCACAAAACUUCCAUCAAAGCUGCAGAAAAUUACUGGAAGAGAAGACUUUCCCAAAAAACUCCUGAGGAUGAGUUCUACAACUUCAGAAAAAGCCUAUAGUUUGGGUGAUUUGCCCAUGAAACUCCAACGAAUAAGUUCAGUUCCUGGCAACUCUGAAGAAAAACUGGUAUCUAAAACCACCAAGAUGUUAUCUGAUCCCAUGAGUCAGUCUGUGGCGGAUUUGCCACCAAAGCUUCAAAAGAUGGCUGGAGGACCUGCCAGAAUGGAAGGAAAUCUUCCAGCCAAACUAAGAAAAAUGAACUCUGACCGUUUCACAUAGCAAACACCUCUUUAGGAAUUAUUUAAUGUUUUGAUUUAGUAUUAGUCCAAUAUUUGGCUUACAAAAUAAUCCUCCCUAGGAAAUCUGAGAGGUCUAUCCCAGUCUAGCAAGUAUAUUUGAGAACUCUUCAUUCCAGUGUUGUUACUGUGCAGAACAUGAAUUAUGAAGGGAGGUCAUCAUAAGGAAGUUAUUAGUGGGCAUGUAUUAUCACAUCAAGCAUGCAAUAAUGUGCAAAUUUUGCAUUUAGUUUUAUGGCAUGAUUUAUAUAUGGCAUAUUUAUAUUGAAUAUUCUGAAAAUAUAUAUAAAUAUAUAUUUGAAGUGGAGAUAUUCUCCCCAUAAUUUCUAAUAUAUGUAUUAAGCCAAACAUGAGUGGUUAGCUUUCAGGGCACUAAAAUUAUAUACAUGUAUACAUACACACAUAUGAACACACACACACAAACAGAUAACAUACCCAUACAAACAUAUAUAUCUAAUAAAAAUUGUGAUGUUUUGUUCAGAUUUGUAUUUCUUGUGCAUGUUUACUUUAUUAGAAUAGGAAGGCUGCUGGCAUUGAUUAUGAAUACCAAAUAUUUUAGCCUUAAAUUAUUUGUUCUUUAAAAAUCUGAUUUAAUGUUUUCUGCUGUUAAGGUCAUGGAAUCUUUCAACUGUACUUUAUCAUGAAAGAUUUUCAGAAGUUUGUGGUGUUCAUGUCACCACAAACAGAGACAUCAAGAUUAUGUAUUUAAUUUGUAAAUUUUAGAGUGUGCCGGUACCUGGUACAUACCAUUGAACUUUUCUUAUGAUUUUUAGAAGUCACUAGAACUUGGGUCAGGUGAAUAAGUUUAUUAAUUAGUCUUUUCCUAGACUAACUAAUAUCUCUAAGUUGGAUUUGUACACAAUCAAAUAAAAAUAUGAGCUCUGAACAAAUGCUGAAUCAUUGAAAUAAUCAGUAGCCAGGUUAUAUUUGAAUGUGUUAGAGCUUGUGUGAAAUUUACAGGGUAUGAUUCCUCUUUCAAAAUGAGCUGAUUGCAAAUGUUUUCUUCUUUUUUUCUGGAACUUUUGUCAUCCAUAAAAAAAAAAAGCCUUGAUCUUUCAGUAGAUACGACAGCACAAUGAAGCAGAUGAAGCACUCAGGCUAAAAGGUGUGUGUCUAAUAGAGACUUUUAUGCUGUUCUCUUUUUUAUGCCAUUUGUCAUGAAAGAACGGUUCUUUUCCUUAUCUGAGGGAAUAUAUCCCAGACCUGUCAGUCAUAAUUUAGCACAGACCUGAGAGAGAUUAAAAUCAGAAGAACUGAAAAUGUUUGUACACUCAGGAUUUUCCGGUUUUGUUUUGGUGUUGAACAAUUUUUUUUUUUGAUGCCUUGGAUCCCUGGCCUCCAAAAUAAGUUUAGUAGUACUCUAUUUCAACCCCCAACAUCUGGAUGGAAUCAAACUUGAUCAGUAGUACACUUUCAACACAGGUUUUAGGGUGAGAAGUUGUUUUUUUUUUUUCUUAAAAGAAAAUAUGCUGAAUGACUUCUUGGUAUAUUUGCAUAGGUUUUCCUGUAUAAUUUCUUUGGAGUUUGCAAGCGAAAUUGGCUCAGAGUUAACUCACUUCUCAUUAAUAUGUAAAUCGCAGAUGGAUGGUUUGAGCACACAGCAUUUAUGGUUUAGUGAUCUUGCGAUCAUUUUAUUAGAGGCAAAUUAUUACAUCAACAGUAAAUCAUCCACGAUAUCUUCUGGCUACCUCUGUAUCAACCAAAUUCUGUAGGUGCAAACACAUACCAGGGAAUGAUUACUGGAAAAAUGAUCAACUAUAGCAUCCAUCCACUGUGAAUAGGCAGUUGCCCUACCCCUUGAUCACUAAAUGUUCUUAUUUGCCAGACGAAGAUGAUAAAAUAUUAGCAGGAAAAAAAAGGGGGGACCAGUGGGUAUCGUAUAUUUAGCAGUGGAGGAAGCUGCAUAGAUCAUUUAGUCCAACACCUUAAAACUAUACAGAGCCAUACUAUUCUUUGGAGAGUCAUUUUAAUUUGUUUUUGGUAUUGUAAAGAAGAACCAAAAACAAACUCUCUGGAUUUAUUCAUUUAACAAAAAUUGUUGCAUGCCUUCUUUGUCCUAGGCAUUGUAUUUUUUCUUCUUUUUUAUAGUUUAGUUCCUGGGGAUUUAGAUAUGCACAGUGUAUUAGAGGGAAAGUGUGGAGGAGACAGAAAAAAAUGGCGGGAGAGACAGUACCCAGUAUUCAACAUUUCAAUUAUGAAAAUGAAAAUAGGGCAGAAACAGAAAUGAUUGUGGGUUGAUGAGAGCUCAGAAGGUGACACAUUGGGAGGUAACAUUAGCAUUGCGACUUAAUGACAAGAAAGAGCCAGUGUGGCCACAAUAAAUCAAUUCAAGGGAAUAGUACACUUUUACCUUUUCCGCAUACUUGUGGGAACAGUAUGAUUUCUGCAUGUACUUGCAGUUUAAUCCCAAUUUCUAGGUUGAUUACAGGAUCCAGUCUGCCCAGGAAAAUUGCAGUUUAUACUUGUUGUACUUGUGGAAUUAUUAGUAUCCCUCUCUUUGAUUCCUAUUAUGUCCUGGUUUGGAUGAUAUAUGGUAAAGUUUUGUUGAUGCUAGCAAAAUUAUCGAGUCUAAUAUAUUUGGAAAAAAAUAAAGAAUUGCUUUACUUCUC